CAAAAUGGUGAAGCUUAUCGAGAGCAAGGAAGCGUUCCAGGAGGCCCUGGCCACUGCCCGAGACAAGCUUAUAGUUGUGGACUUUUCUGCCACGUGGUGUGGACCUUGCAAAAUGAUCAAGCCCUUCUUUCAUUCCCUCUGUAAAAAGUAUUCCAAUGUGGUGUUUCUUGAAGUAGAUGUGGCUGACUGUCAGGAUGUUGCUGCGGACUGUAAAGUCAAACGCAUGUCAACCUUCCAGUUCUGUAAAAAAAAGGGUCAAAAGGUGGGUGAAUUCUCUGGCGCUAACAAGGAAAAGCUUGAGGCAUCUAUUCUUGACUUUGCCUAA